AACUAAAUAAACUUUCAUUAUUAAUGUGGAAAUAUAGGUAUCAAUACACAGAGGGAAAUGCAUUUGCAGCCAUGCAUUGUAUGCUGCAUGCAUCAGCUUAAUUAUGCUUUAUAAAGCCAUGCCAUAUCAUCUUCUUUCAUACCCCCCCGGAAGCUGAGAUCAGAGACGCCCCCAACUCCCACGUCAAGAUUGACGAGCGUUCUUGCCGCCGAGCAUAUUGCGACGGCCACCAACACAAGGAAGAGUAUAUUAAUAGCUGUAUGCGGCGGCGGCAUUGCAAUGGUAAUGAAUAUUAGUGUUUUUAAUUAUUUGUUCGACGAAUUAAUGUUUGGGAUUAAUGGGGUGACCAGGUCAUCCGCCUCCCACGCUGGUGGCGGCCUCCGGAUGACUGUCACGGCGCCAAUCAGCGCGUGUCAAGACGAUCUGGACGUCAGCCUCAAUGACGUCACUAGCCAAAAUACCACUGACCUCCGCCACCGCAUUCCUAGGCGGCGAGCGGCGAACGUGGAGGGUCUCAGCAACCCACUUAACAGAUUCUGGGCGAUGAUGAGGGCAAUGAUGUUCAACAACCCCAUGGCUGGCUUCCAAGCGCCGGUCUCAAUGCCCCAAGCGACGUUCCAACCCGAGGGACGCCGCGAAGGCCAGCAAAACGUGGUGGAAAACGUGGAGCUUUUCGCCCACCACUUGAAGGGUUUGAUGGCGGACUCCCGUCUGAGUCCUUUAGCGGGAGAGCAUGAUAACAAAGCGGCGAGCCAUUCCCAGCAGUGGGACAACGGCAAGGCCUCGGAGCGACGGGUGAACAAGAAGCAAACCAGCCGCCGGGACAUGGAUACGGAAAGGCGCCGCAAGGGGCGACCCAGCGUGGUAAAUGGGGGCGCCAGUAGACCAGGGGAUGAGCGCAUCGAUUUCCUCCUACAAAGGAUUGACGCGUUGGAGAAAAGAAGCGGGCAUGGAUACGUAACCGAGCCCACGUUUAGACUUCGUUCUCCUUUCUCUGAGAGGAUACUGAAAGCGCCCUUGCCAGGUAGCUUCCAAAUGCCGGUGAUACCGAGGUCGUUCCCGGCAACCCUCGACGGGUUGGCGUCGGAAUGGUUCAACGAGCUACUCGAGGGGAAGAUUGAUUCUUGGGAAGAUCUGGCACGGAGGUUUCUGGUACACUUCGCAGGUAACAAGAAGAAGAAACUCCAUUUCUCACACCUAUUGUCAGUCAGACAAAGGCUAGAUGAGCCAUUGAAGGAGUUCCUGGCAAGGUGGAAGCUGGAGACCACUAAGCGCCUGGCCUUGGAGAAGCCGAAGGAAUACUCCAUUACACUGGCCAUGGCGGAAGACGAAGCCGAAACAGAAGAGUUGGAAGCCAACAAGAAGAAAGAGGAAGCAGGAAGAUUGGGGACCAUGGUGGCAACCACGAGGCCCCCGGCGAGAAAGGCCGCUAUGGAAGAACGGCCGCCUUUGCCGACCGGACACCAUUUCAAAAAGGGUCCCAAGCUGAUGUUCCCUGACGAGCUCACACCUCUUACACACCCCGUUAGCGCCAUCCUGGACUUUGCCGAACACCAAGGUCUGGUGGAAUAUGACCCGAGAUUUGCCCCGGUAUAUGCCGUGGGCGAUGGACCUUAUUGCAGAUUCCACAGAGCCGCCGGCCAUGACACGGACGAGUGCAAAGUCCUCAAGAGGGAAAUUGAAUUCUAUAUCGAUAUUGUUCUUAGAAAAGAGUGAUAUUUGUAACUCCAUACUGAAUGAUCUUUUGCUGGGAUUGAAAACUCAACUGUAAGGAUUACUUGACAAGGAAUCAUCGUCCUUGAGAGAGUACAUGUCUUAAUUGUACGCAAAGAAAGACUAAUCGAUGAGACACUUUGCCACGCAUUGACAAAUUGUUGGGUCAAAGAACCUACUUUUUAGAAGCUGUAGACAGCUCGACCUUGUUGAAUGAACUGAUACCUAGUUA